AUGGAUAAAAUAGGUAAAAACAAGUUUAAUAAAUUGUAUGAAUAUUAUAAUACGACUGAGGAUAGUGAUAAAUUAUUAGAUGAAGAAGAAUUUUUUAUUAAAAAUCAAGCAAGUAAUAAUAGCACAGUAGAGUAUGAUAAUAGUUUUGAGUCAGAUUGCUUUACACAGCAAGAAAUUACAUUAUUUCAACAAUUAUAUUAA